AUGGCAGCCAUCGCAGCCUCCUCUGUCGUCGCCAAGAUCAUGUCCGCAGCGAGCCUGGCCACAGCCGGCGGGGCGGCCUCCGGCAGUGUCCUCUCUGGCCUGUCAUCCCUGGUCAAGGCUGUCGUGGCAGCGAUUGGAGGAGCCGCGACCGUGGGCGCUGUGCCCGUGGUCCUGGGCGCCGUGGGCUUCACCGGGGCAGGAAUCACCGCCUCCUCCUUGGCAGCCAAAAUGAUGUCGGUAUCCGCCAUCGCCAACGGGGGCGGGGUGGCUGCUGGAGGCAUGGUCGCUACUCUGCAGUCAGUGGGAGCGGCCGGCCUGUCCCUGUCCUCCAAAGUCGUCCUGGGCAGCGCGGGGGCCCUGGUGUCCCUGGUCGUUUAG